AUGUAUCAGGCGGCGCGUGCAGGUCUCGCUGCUUCUGUCAAACGUUAUCGUCCUCGUUUCCCUUCCUCCCCCUCUUUACUUUUCACACGAUCCCUCAUGUCACAAUACUUUGCUGAAAAAGAGACUCCCUAUUCACGCCUCGAAGCUAAACCCUACUUUGAAUCGCUCUCCGAUCGCGAAAAGCACUAUGCCCACUACAUGUCCCGCGCCUCAUUCGAAGGCACUCGCAUCAUUAUCGACCAGACCAACCCCCAUGCUGUUGGUAUCUAUGACCUUAUUUUGAACGUCUUUGGCAAUGGCAACCAUGGCCUAGUAGAUAUCAAGGAACUUGAAGCCAAGAGUGGCGUGUCAUCUGAAGCUUUCCAGGACUUUUUGCAAUACUCUGGUCAAUUUCUCGGCAAUUUGAGCAAUUACAAAUCGUUUGGUGAUGAGAAGUUUAUCCCCCGAGUAUCAGCUGAGGACGUACAAAAGAUUGUGGCAGCAAGUGGAUCCACCAAAGCUGUUGAAUUGUUUGCCAAGGUCAAGGAUGAAAUGUACAGCACCGAGCCGGUCGAGCGCAACUUGUUGGGUUUCCCUGAUCAAGGUCAUCUCACGGGCUAUUAUUCGAGUGACAUCACCAAAGAUGAGAUCCAUAUGGUUCAAGAGUAUCUUGAAAAGGCCAAGAUUGAGCCCUUCAAUACAAGACUUUUCAAGACCAAGGAUGGAUUCCGAUUGACGGUGGCAUCAGGACAGGUAGCCGAGCCACAGCAACAUACAUUGCCCAAUGGUACUGCUUUGGAGGUAUGCUUUGGCGAUUAUCAAGAGGAGAUGCGCAAGGUGGCCGACAAUAUCCGCAUGGCCGCUGGUUACACAGCCAACGAGCACCAAACAGAGAUGCUUGAAGCGUACUAUGAAUCCUUCACCACGGGUUCAAUUGAGGCGCAUAUGGAAUCCCAACGUCAUUGGCUCAAGGAUAUUGGUCCCACGGUGGAAAGCAACAUUGGUUUCAUCGAGACGUAUCGUGAUCCACAAGGUGUGCGUGCUGAGUGGGAAGGAUUUGUGGCUAUGGUGAACAAGGACCAAACCGUAAAGUUUGCCAGCUUGGUGGAUCGUGCUCCUGAAUUUGUAUCCUACCUUCCUUGGCCUCCUACCUUUGAACGUGAUGCCAUCAACAAGCCUGAUUUUACAUCGUUGGAAGUAUUGGCCUUUGCAACCAGUGGUGUCCCUUCGGGUAUCAACAUCCCCAACUAUACCAACAUUACUCAGGUCCUUGGAUCAAAGAACGUCUCCCUUGGCAACGUGAUCUCAGCCUCAUCGCCCAACGAGAAAUUCCCCUUUGUCGCACCCAGUGAUCUUGAAGUGUAUCGCAAAUACCGCAACUUGUCAUUCGAGGUGCAAGUGGGUACCCAUGAACUUGGUCAUGGCACUGGCAAGCUAUUCAUCGAGGAUGCCAAUGGCAAGCGGAACUUUGUGCCUGAAGAAACAAUUCAUCCAUUGACAAACAAGCCUGUGACAUCCUGGUACAAGCCUGGUCAAACAUUCAAUUCCAUAUUCAAGGCCAUUGCUUCGUCCUAUGAAGAAUGCCGUGCUGAAUGUAUUGCGUUGGUGCUAAGCAAGGAACAAAGCAUUCUUGACAUUUUCGGAUUCAAGGGCCAGGAUGCUGAGGACGUGUUAUUUGUCAUGUACCUCAACAUGGCUAGAGCUGGUCUCACCGCCCUCGAAUUCUAUAAUCCUGAAGCUAAAAAGUGGGGUCAAGCCCAUAUGCAAGCACGCUAUGCCAUCUUCAAUCAAAUGCUAAAGGCAGGUCAAGGCUUUGUCACCAUUGAACGUACAGGCGAAUACGGUCUUGAAUUAAGAAUGGAUCGCUCAAAGAUCAGAUCAGUGGCAGCUCCUGCAGUAGCCGACUUUUUGGCCAAGUUGCAAAUCUACAAGGCUACAGCCGAUGAAGUGGAAGGUACCAAGUUUUAUUUGGAUGCCACAAGCGUACCUGAUAGCUGGACGGAGAUUCGUGAUAUCGUCAUCCGUAACAAACAACCUCGAAAGGUGUUUGUCCAAGGCAACACAUUUAUCGAGAAUGACAAAGUUGUGCUUCGAGAAUAUGAACCAUCUGCUGUAGGCAUGAUCCAAAGUGCCAUUGAGCGACGUGUGUAA